GAGAGCAUGGCUAGGUUGGACUGUUGAAAACUUAAAACAACAUAUAGGAGAAGCGUACAAUCUCAAUUCAUCAUGUAUGAGACUAGUAAUGAGGGAGAAGGAUUACUGGAGUGAUACUUCAUUCAGUGAUAUUAGUGAUGUAGGAGGUACUUUAAAGGAGAUACUCGAUAUGAGAGGAUAUAGUACUUCAUCACACACUCAGUUGCUGUAUGUAUCAUCAGAUCCUGAAGAUUAUGAAAAAGGAUUCAGAGAUAGUUUGAUGUACAAAUUUAUUGAAUUUCACUUCAACUCAAUAUUACUGGACAUUACAAUACCUCCUGGACCUAAAGCUAGCACACCUACUACAAUUAAUAGAAGAAAAGGAAAAAUAAUAAUGAAAGUUAUAACAAUGGAAGAAGAAAAUAAAGGGAAAGAAAGAAAGGUACAGGUACAAGUUGAUAAGAGAAUAACAUUAGCUCAAUUGAAGGAGGAGCUAGUUCCACUGAUUGGUGUACCAUCUACUGGUUUUAGAGUGUGUGGAAUCAGUGGUAAUGAAGAAUAUGAAUUGAAGAGACUGGAUGAGUUAGUAAUGAAUUUAUCUGAAUCAAAGUUGAUAGUAAGACUGGGUAGAGAAUUACAAGAAGGAGAGUACAGAAUUAAAUUGUAUUUAUUACAAGUUAACAGUAUAGAGUUUUUAAAGUUUAUGAUGGAGUGUACUGUUGCUAAGGGUACACUAGUGAGAGAGUUUAAGAAACAAAUUAUUGAAGAAGCAAAAGUACAAGGAAUUGACUGUGUCCUUGAAUUAGACAAAAUGAGAUUACGUAAGAAGAAUGGAGUGUCCCCUGGUAGAGUAUAUCUUGAUGAGUUGAUUGAUACUAGUAGCAUUAGGGAAAUGUAUGUGGAACGACUGAAAGGACCAGAGAAGAAGAUGGAUUAUGGACAGAGGCAGGUGUAUGUGAUAAGAUGGCGUCCAUCAAAAUGUUCAGUUGAUCCAAUAGAAGAAAUUAUACUGGAUAAGUAUCAUUUUCAUAGGGAUUUUAUUAUAAAGCUGUCAGAGUUAAGUGGAGUUCCUGCCAUAUAUAUCUUUUGUACACAGGGCGAAUCAUUUCCAGUUGAGAUAUCAUGUCUUGAUAUUGAGAAUGAAUUGACAUGGUAUUCCAUCACUUCAGACAGAUACUCAUUAGGACUAUAUGAUGAUGGAUAUGUCAUAUAUUACAAAGACAAUAGAGAGAAAUUGAAAGAGUUAACAGAUAAAGAAAGAUCAGAACUACAGGAGGCACAGAAAAAAAGACAGAGAAAAAAGAAAGAACAAAUUGAAAAAGAAAUGUGUUUAAUCAUAUUAUAUUUCAAUCAUCCUGUUACUGGGGAAUUAAACAGUUUAUUCCUUGAAGUACAUAAAGAUGAAUUACUACCCACAGUGCUGGAUAAAGCUUAUGAGACAGCAGAAUUAGCUCCUCAUAUUCCUAUUGAGAGAUGUCGUUUGGUUAAAUAUAAUUAUGAGCGUCAAGAAAUGGAACAGUCCUUAGAUCUUGAUGAGUUUCAACAUCUAACUAUUAGACAGAUUAUGGAUGUAGUUAGAUGUUAUAGUUUAUUCUUAGAAACUUGUAAAGAAAAUGAAAUCUUUAAGAAAUACAAUACUGAAACUAUUAGAGUAUCAGUGGUUGCUCUUUCAAGUGGUGUAGUAGGACCACCUAAAGCAAUGAGAGUAUGGCUAGGUUGGACUGUUGAAAACUUAAAACAACAUAUAGGAGAAGCAUGUAAUCUCAAUUCAUCAUGUAUGAGAGUAGUGAUGAGGGAGAAGGAUGACUGGAGUGAUGUAGGAGGUACUUUAAAGAAGAUACUCGAUAUGAGAGGGCACAGUACUUCACACACUCAGUUGCUGUAUGUAUCGUCAGAUCCUGAAGAUUAUCAAAAAGGAUUCAGAGAUAGUUUGAUGUACAAAUUUAUUGAAUUUCACUUCAACUCAAUACUACUGUACAUUAUAAUACCUCCUGGACCUAAAGCUAGCACACCCACUACAACUAAUAGAAGAAAAGGAAGAAUAACAAUGAAAGUUAUAUCAAAGGAAGAGAAUAUAGAAAAAGAAAGAAAGAUACAGGUACAAGUUGAUAAGAGAAUAACAUUAGCUGAAUUGAAGGAAGAGCUAGUUCCACUGAUUGGUGUACCACCUACUGGUUUUAGAGUGUGUGGAAUCAAUGGGUAUGAAGUAUAUGAAUUGGAGAGACUGGAUGAGAAUAAGAUAUUAAUGAAUUUAUCUGAAUCAAAGUUGAUAGUAAAACUGGGCAGACCAUUACGAAUAGGAGAGCACAGAAUUAAAUUAUAUUUAUUACAAGUUAACAGUAUAGAGUUUUUAAAGUUUAUGAUGGAGUCUAUUGUUGCUGAGGAUACACCAGUGAGAGAAUUUAAGGAACAAAUUAUUGAAGAAGCAAAAGUACAAGGAAUUGACUGUGUCCUUGGAUUAGACAAAAUGAGAUUACGUAAGAAAAAUGGAGUGUCCCCUGGUAGAGUAUAUCUUAAUGAGUUGAUUGAUACUAGUGGCAUUAGGGAAAUGUAUGUGGAACCACUGAAAGGACCAGAGAAGAAGAUGGAUUAUGGACAGAGGCAGAUGUAUGUUAUAAGAUGGCAUCCAUCACAAUUUUCAGUUGAUCCAAUAGAAGAAAUUAUACUGGAUAAGUAUCAUUUUCCUAUGGAUUUUAUUAAAAAGUUGUCAGAGUUAAGUGGAGUUCCUACUGAGUAUAUCUCUUAUUCAGAGGGUAAAUCAUUUCUAGUUGGGACAUCAUGUCUUGAUAUUGAGAAUGAAUUGACAUGGUAUUCCAUCACUUCAGACACAUACUCAUUAGGACUAUAUAAUGAUGGAUAUGUCAUAUAUUACAAAGACAAUAGAGAGACAAUGAAAGAGUUAACAGAUAAAGAGAGAUCAGAAAUACUAGAGGCAGAGGAAAAAAGACAGAGGACAAAGAAAGAACAAAUUGAAAAAGAAAUGUGUUUAAUCAUAUUGUAUUGUAAUAAUCCUGUUACUGGUAAAUUAAAGAAGUCAUUCCUUGAAGUACAUAAAGAUGAAUUACUACCCACAGUACUGGAUAAAGCUUAUGAGUUAAUGAAAUUAGCUCCUCAUAUUCCUAUUGAGAGAUGUCGUUUAGUUAAAUGUGAUUAUGAGCGUCAAGAAAUGGGAGAGUCCUUAGAUCUUGAUGAGUUUCAACAUCUAACUAUUGGACGGAUUAUGGAUUUAGUUGGAUGUUAUAGUUUAUUCUUAUUCUUAGAAACUCAUAAAGAAAAUGAAACCUUUAAGAAAUACAAUGCUGGAA